UAUGUUAUUUAUCACCUAUCUUCAACUCACAACUGCCCUCUCUCUCACACACACACACAUCCCCUUUAUCUUUCACACACUUUGAAUUCCAUUUCCAUAAACCAGAAAAGACUUAUCAAUUCUCCUAAAGCUCCCCCCAAUCUUUCUUACCCAAUUCUUAAAAAACAAGACACCCAUUUACAAACACUACCCCAUUUGGUACUACUUCACUUCACUUCACUUCACUUCACUUCAAUUAUGGAAACCAGUGAAGGAACCGGAAUCCCCCAGCCCUGGAAUCCCAUCUUUGGAAUGGGAAUUCAAACCAAUGAACUCAAUCAACCCUUUUUUAACUCCAAUUCUAUGGACCAAAGGGAGCUUUUUGAGUCUGCUUUGAGUUCACUUGUUUCAUCUCCAGUCAAUUCCCAUUCCCAUUCCCAUUCCGGAGUUCCAAUUCCAGGGAAUGGGAAUGAUAGCAUUGUUUUAAGGGAAUUGAUUGGUAGACUUGGAAGCAUAUGCAAUUCCAGUGAGAUUGGAAACAACAAUAGUGCCACUAAUUCCUGCUACAACACUCCUUUGAACUCACCACCAAAGCUUAAUCUUUCAAUAACAGAUCACAAGAUUCAAGAAUAUUAUCCUAUUCCAGGGAAUCACCAAUUACCAUUCCAUUCAGAUCCUGGAUUUGUUGAAAGAGCUGCAAAGUUCUCAACUUUUUGUGGCAAGAAUCAAUUUUCAAGAGUCCCAGAUGAAAACAAGAAGAUAGGUGGUGAUCAUUUGGAGGAACCAUCAGUAUCUGAAACUGAAACAAAAGGACAGAGUAAUAAUAAUAAUAAUAAUAAUAAUAAUAGUAAUGGUAGAAAGAGAAAGGGGAUUCCAAAAGGAAAGGGAAAAGAAGCACAAUCUAGUACAAUCUCUGCUAAAGAUGACAAGGUUGUGGCAGAAGCAGAAAAAGAGGAAUCAGAUGCAAAAAGAAGCAAGUCAAAUGAAAAGUCAACGGAACCACCAAAAGAUUACAUUCAUGUUAGAGCCAGAAGGGGUCAAGCUACUGACAGCCAUAGUCUUGCAGAAAGAGUCAGGAGAGAGAAAAUAAGUGAGAGGAUGAAGUUUCUGCAAGAUCUUGUUCCAGGAUGUAAUAAGGUCACUGGAAAAGCUGUUAUGCUUGAUGAGAUUAUAAACUAUGUACAGUCAUUGCAGAGACAAGUUGAGUUUUUGUCUAUGAAAUUGGCCACUGUUAAUCCCAGGAUGGAUGUGAGCAUGGAAGCACUUUUAUCUAAAGAUAUGUUUCGGCCUCUUAUUUCUGUGCCCAACAAUGUGAACCCGUUUGAUGCCUCGGUACAACCACUCCCAUACGGAUUUCAAUCCCAAAUAAAUGGUAUGGUUCCUGGUGGGCCCGAGAAUCAACUUUCCAUGAACCCGUUGAUGGCGGCAAUGCAGCGCAACUCGAUCAUGAAACUACCUCACAUUGAUGGUUUUGCUGAGGCUUCAACAUUCUGGGAAAAUGACCUUCAAAGUGUUGUAAAGAUGGCAAUAGGCCAGGAUCAGCCUCAAGGCUUUCAUGGUCAAAUGAAAGUUGAGCAAUAAUACAGAAUCACUUGACAUAUAUGAUGGAUUUUUAAAGAGAUGCAUAUGUAAUUCUGUAUAGAGAGAGAGAUAGAAGACACAAUGAUGGCUUCUUCAAAAACACUGAUUGUAUAAUUUUAGACUAAUAUCGAUCAAGAAUCCGGUGGCAGAGAGGCCGAGGCGAUGGAAAGUUACAAAGUUAGUUACUAGUAAUAUGUUGUAACAUUUUAAGGAAAAUAUUGUAGGGGUUGAUGAGAGAAAAAAGAAAGCUUUUACUUCAACCUUUUUUUUUUCUUCAUAUUUUCGUACCGUUUUGAUAAUUUUUAAUCAUUAAUUUUCUUGAUUCA